AUGUCGGGCAGCAAACGUCCGCCGUCUGGGGGCGUCUUUGAUGAGAAAUCAACGGAAAUUGAAGACACAAAUAUCGCCGCCGUGGGCCGCGAUCUCGUCGUCACAGAAGACGAUUUGCUCGAGGCAAGAGACACGGCAGCUUCGUACUCCCUCGAAGAUGUGCGCAGGAUCUUGAUCAUUGUGCACAAUCGUCACAAACAUGACCUCAAUUUCCCUUCUGCCGUGCUUCUCAGGAUCGGAGACUUUCUCGACAACGAGUUCAUCUUUGACAACCCCGAAAAGCACCAUGGUCUUAUCGAGGAGAUGAAGAUUGAAACCGCACUCAUCAUCAACAACAGUCCAUAUGCCCCAGUCCGGGCCAUCGUCGAUAACCACGAUGACCCGUCUCUCCCUGUAUCUACGAUCCGUGCCUGGUUUAUGGGCAUCAUCUUCGCCGCCUGCGUUGCCUUCAUCAACGCCUUCUUCGCCAUCCGGCUGCCAGCAAUUUCCGUGGGCAGCAACGUUGUCCAGCUGCUCGCUUAUCCAAUUGGCAAGUUCAUGGAAAAGGCUCUCCCCGAUUGGGGUUUUACUCUCUUUGGCGUUCGACAUAGCCUCAACCCGGGCCCCUUUAACAAGAAAGAGCACAUGCUCAUCUCUCUCAUGUCCGCCAUCUCUGUCAGUCAGCCUUACACGAACAACAUCAUCUGGAUUCAGUACCUGCCCAGGUUCUUUAAUCAGGCGUGGGCAAAGAGUAUGGGCUAUCAGCUUCUCAUCGCCCUGUCUACCAACUUUAUUGGCUAUGGCUUAGCUGGCCUUUGUCGUCGCUUCCUCGUUUACCCUUCCUUCUGCGCCUGGCCCCUGACCCUCGUUACCAUCGCCCUCAAUUCGGCAUUUCAUGCUGACGAAAACCCUACCGUUCCCGGCCCCUUCAACAAGAUGUGGACCAUGUCUCGCUUCAAGUUCUUUGCCUUUGCCUUUAUCGGCAUGUUUUGCUGGUUCUGGGUGCCUGGUUUUCUCUUCACAGGGCUGUCCGUCUUCAGCUGGAUGACUUGGAUUGCGCCUCAGAGCAAGACCGUCGGCAUCAUCACAGGGUCCACGUCAGGACUGGGCUUUAACCCCUUCCCAACCUUUGACUGGGCCGUUCUCACCACCGAUAUCGAGCCGCUCAUCACCCCCAUCUUCAGCACCAUCAACCUCUUCUGCGGAGGUCUCUUCUUUGGCCUUGUUAUCCUGGCCAUAUACUACACCGACAGCUUUCACACCUCACACUUUCCCAUCGUUUCCAAUACGCUCUUUGACCGCUUCGGCAAGGCUUACAACGUCUCUUCCAUCAUCGACAGCCGCGGCAUUCUUGACCCCGAUAAGUACCAUGCCUAUUCACCUCCCUACAUCUCUGCCGGCAACACAAUCACGAAUUUCGGCUUCUUCACCAUCUAUACCGGAGCCCUCACCUACGGCUUCCUCUACCACCGUCAUGACGUCCUUCACGGCUUCUCCUCGUUAUUUGAUAGCUUCCGUCCAUCAAAGAAGAAGGAAAUAGCCGAGGCCGAAGCUCUGGAUGUCCACAACCGCUUAAUGAAGGCGUAUAAGGAAGUACCUGAGUGGUGGUAUCUGUUAGUUCUGGCCGUGAGCAUAGUCCUUGGAUGUGUUGCCUUGGCUCACUACCCAACAUACACCUCGCCCGGCGUCGUCUUCUUCGGCAUUGCGUUGGCCCUCAUCUUUGUUGUGCCCACGGGCAUUAUCCUCUCCAUGACGGGCAUCGAGGUAUCUCUCAACGUCCUGGCCGAGUUUAUCGGCGGUUCUUGGGUUGAGGGAAACGCCUUGGCCAUGUGUUACUUCAAGACAUUUGGCUACAUCACCUGCUCUCACGCCCUGCACUUCAGUGCCGAGCUCAAGAUUGCCCACUAUCUCAAAAUCCCACCGCGCAUCAUCUUCUGUGCCCAGAUGAUUCCCACACUCUUCUCCACCGUCAUCUGCGUUGCUGUGUUGCAGUUCCAGAUGAACCUCGAAAACGUUUGCGCCCCGGUGGGUGCUCCCUAUGCCUUCACUUGCCCGUCCGCAAACUCCUUCUUCACUGCCGCCGUUCUCUGGGGCACCGUUGGUCCCCGGCGGCUGUGGGGGGCUGACGGCACUUAUACUGCCACUCUAGCCGGCUUUCCCAUUGGCAUCGCCGUCGUCCUCGUCUUCUGGGCCCUCGGCAAGAAGUUUCCUCGAAAUACCCUCUUGCGUAACGUCCACCCCGUUGUUCUGCUCUACGGAGGCUGCCUCUGGAACCCGCUCAAUCUUACCUACUUGUGGCCCGCUUUGCCCAUUGCCUGCGCUUCUUGGCUCUGGAUCAAGGUCCGUUAUCUGGCGUUUUGGGCCAAGUACAACUAUAUCCUGUCUGCUGGCCUCUCUACCGGUCUCGCCAUUUCUGCCCUCAUACAGUUCUUCGGCCUGACGUAUAAUGAGAUCCACCUCAACUGGUGGGGGAACACGGUCAUCACCAAGGGCUGCGACCUCUUUGGCUUGUGCAGAUUGAACCCAGUGGCUCCUGGAGAGUCUUUUGGGCCGGGGCCGGGGCAGUUUCGGUGA